UUCUGAUUGCUGUUUGCACAGUGCAUGGGGGCGGGGCUGCUCAGGUGUAUGACGGUAAACAGCUUCAGGUUUGUGUAGAUAAUACUGAUACAGUACAUUAAUUUAUAUCUACAGGCUUCAGCAAAACACACACAUGCUGGUGCAUGGUAUGAUGGCCCAUCUCCUGCUCUUCGUGCUUCUAGUAUGCAGUGUGUCCGCCACUCCACAGCAACAAACAGUAGGAGCAGCAGAGAAGCCCAACAUUGUGUUUAUACUGGCUGAUGACAUGGGACUCUGGGCGGCUGCUACCUAUGGAAACUCUGAGAUAAUCACUCCAAACAUUGACAAGUUAGCAGAGGAAGGUAUCAAGUUCAACAAUGCUUUCUGCAACACCCCAGUGUGCUCAGCCAGCAGAACUUCUUAUUUUACAGGUCGUCUACCCAGUCAGACUGGAGUACAUGACUGGAUUAGCCGAGGGAAUGGCUGUGAGGACGAAGCCAUUGACUACACUGGUAAAGAGGAAUCUUACACGGAUAUUCUCAGCUCCCAUGGCUACUACUGUGCAAUGAGCGGCAAAUACCAUCUAGGGGACCAACAAUACCCCCAGCACUCAUUCAAGCACUGGUUCGUACACCAGAAAGGGGGCUCGACUUACAUUAAUCCCCCAAUGGUAAACAACUCCAAGUGUGAGAAUAUUAAAGGCUAUGUGACCGAUAUAAUAACCGACGAUGCUAUUAGCUUUAUCAACGGGUACACUAAGAGCGGAAUGAAGGAUCCAUUCUAUAUCUCUGUGCAUUACACGUCUCCCCAUUCUCCAUAUGUUGGGGCAGACGGCAAAGCCGAUUCUAUGCACCCCAAGCAAUAUGUAGAUAUGUACAACAAUUCCAAGUUCAUCUCCUGCCCUCAAGAGCCCAUGUCCCCCUAUGCUAGACAUUUUUCUAAGGGGCUAACGGAACACUGCCUUGGAAACCGAGAGUGUUUAAAAGGCUACUAUGCUGCUGUAACUGCCAUGGAUAUGAACAUUGGUAGAAUACUAGAUACUCUCCACUCUAACGGUCUAGAUCAGAGCACUCUUGUUGUGUUUGCUAGUGAUCACGGCUUUAAUGCAGGUCACCAUGGACUUUGGGGUAAGGGGAAUGCAGCGUACCCCUUAAACAUGUUUGAUACUUCGAUAAGAAUUCCAAUGAUUUGGCGACACCUUGGAGUUAUCAAACCAGCAGUUGAAAACUCUGUGGUUCAAGUUCUGGACGUAGCACCUACUCUGAUCGAAUAUGCUGUCAAUACAAGCUUUCCAUCUAUUCGUAAUAUACCAGGAGAGAGCUUUUCCGGACUACUAACAGACCCCAGUUCAAGGAACUCAAAAAUGUUUAGAGUAAUUUUUGGAGAGUAUGGUCAGACACGUUAUGCUCGUUCAAAUGCUACAGAUGGCAUUAAGUAUGUCACGAGGCUAACAGGACAUGCAGAGCUGUACGACCUUGAGAAUGACAAGACGGAGAAGCUCAACCUACUGAGUCCGUUUUCAGGGAUUAAAGAGAAAGUAAACAGCAUGGCAACGGUGUAUGAUAGAGCCCUGAGGGAAUGGUUCUCCUUCUAUGAGGACCCGUACGUUAGUGGGUGGGCCAAACCAGUCACUGGAACAGGUCAGAGGAGGGCACUCUACUACAAUACGAGCGGGUGGCCCAACACACCUGAAUUCGACCAGCUAUAAUCCCAUAAUUAUCAGAUAUAAUAGAUAUACUACCAGGAGUGCAUGCAUGUGUACUCCUGGUGCUACAUAUAGCUACACUACAUGUAGUAUAAUAUUAUAGAUAACAUGUUUGAUGGAAAUUAAAGUUAUAACUUACUAAUACUACUAUGAUCCUAAUACUAUGA